AUGCACCCUCUAACCUCAUACCUCUACGACCUCAUGCACCUCAAACGCUCCAACCUCUGCGUAAGCGCAGACGUAACCACAACCUCAGCAAUGCUCACCCUCGCCGAAGCCGUCGGCCCCAGCAUCGUCGUCUUCAAAACGCACGCCGACAUCCUCAGCAACUGGGACGCCGACCCUCACACGGGCACCGGUGCCAAACUCGCCGCCAUCGCCCGCCGCUACCGCUUCCUCAUCUUUGAAGACAGGAAGUUUGCGGAUAUCGGCUUCACGGUCCAACUCCAGUAUUCAGGGGGUGAUUAUAGGAUUCGGGAGUGGGCGCACGUGGUUAAUGCGCAUAUCUUGCCCGGUGAGGAUGUGGUGAGGGCGUUAAAGGAGAGGGCUUUUGAGUGGGCGGGGUGUAAUGAGGGGGAGGAUGGGUUUGAAGGGGUGGAUGAGAGGUUUGAGGGCAUUGAAGAGCCGCCGAGGGAGAGGGGCCUGCUGUUGUUGGCUCAGAUGAGUAGUAAGGGGAAUUUUUUGGAUGAGGAGUACACCAGGAAUUGUGUCUCUAUUGCAAGGAAACAUCAGGAUUUUGUGAUGGGUUUCAUUGCGCUGCAGCCGGUGUCUGAGCCUGAAGAGCCGUUUAUUGUUAUGACUCCUGGAUGUGCCUUAUCAAGAGAAGAGUCGCUUGAUGGGUCUGAGUUUCCGUCGGGUGAAAAAGAUACUCUGGGCCAGCAGUAUGUUCAUCCGAGGGAGCUUAUCUUGAGAGGUUCGGACAUUAUCAUCGUUGGGACGGGCAUUUGUAAUGCUGUUGAUCCGGCUGCGAAAGCGGAACAAUAUCGAAAGGUUGCCUGGAAGGCUUAUGAGGAAGGAGAUGCGCCAAAUGAGCCUCCAGUUGUAUGGCUACCAUCUAUGGAAUGA